CGUCACGUGGGCUCGUCCGCCGGCUUCCGGAAGUGCGUCACGGGCUCGGGCCUGUCUCCUGAGUCGGCCCGCUCGGAACUUCGGCUCGAAACAAAACAGACCGGAGCGGCGGGCGGGGCCGCCACUAGUUCCUUGCCAGAGAGUUUGACCACAGAGAGUCGCCAAGAUAGCUGGGCCAGGAAGAAAACGUCGCACCCCUGACCCAGACUCCAUUACCGACCCCGGUGGGCCGUUUGUGUCCUCCAAACGGCUGAAAAUGUCCAGCAGCACCAAUGCCCCUGGUCAGAGGAGAGUGUCUCGGGGCUUGGAUGAUGCCACCAACAAGAAGAAGCAGAAGGAUCGAGCCAACCAGGAGAGCAAGGAAGUGUCUCGCCCUGAGCUCGAGCAGGCUGAGACUGCCCAGGAGAAGGACUCAGAGGAGGAGCUGCUGCUGGACUGGAAGCAGAACGCUGACGAGAUCAUCGUCAAACUGAACUUGGGCAGUGGAGCUCUGAAGGUGGAGGAUGUAGAUGCUGCUUUCACUGACACGGACUGUGUGGUCAAGCUACCAGACGGGCGCCAGUGGAGCUGUCAGUUCUAUGAGGAAAUUGAGAGCUCCUGCAGCAAGGUCCAGUGCAAGAAGGGCAACUUUCUACAGCUUGUGCUUCAGAAGAAGAUCCCACUCCAUACCUGGUCUUCGCUUCUGAAGAGAAGGAAAGACGGAUCCAAAGAGCUGGCCAAAGGGACCACGUGCUGGGAGAACGGGAAGGAGAAGGCUGCUUCUGCAGAGCUGGCCCCUGAAGAGCCGAGGGCUGAAGGUGCAGAACUGCCAAGGUCCCGCCGGGAGCCCUCCAACCCCAAGCGCGCUCCAGGAAGAAGUGAGGCCCUGGGAGGGAAAAGCCCAGCCAGCCCAGGGACACAGAGCGGCCCCAGCGCCAAGCGGGCAGUAUACCUCAGAGUGGCUCCCACUGAAGAGGAGCCAAAUGCCAGAGUCACUGGGAGCGUGGAGCCCAGCAAAGGGCACAGCGGGAGGGCAGGCAGCCGCCGCAAUGGCAGAGCCAGCCAGGUCGAUGCGCCCACAGCCCUCGCAGACCUCGCACCGCCACUGGAGAAGGCUGUGGUUUUGGCCAAGGAAAGUGUUCCUGUGGAGAUGCCACCUCUCGCAGCUACCACAGAGGUGUUCCCCCACCGUGUUGCCGCCUGUGUGGAGAAGAGGGUCCUGCAGCCAGGCAGCCCUGCUGAGGCCUUGCAGGGCCAGGACUGCACGCCUGUCCUGGGAGAGAGCUCUAAGACUGUCCCAGCAGACCCUCCCCCGGGCAGAGACGGUGAGAAGAGGGACUGGUCCAAGGAUGACGUGGCUCUGGAAGCAGCGGCUGAUGAGCCAGAGCCUUUUGUGAGCCUGACCUUUGUCAAGAAUGACUCAUACGAGAAGGGCAAUGACCUGGUGGUAGUGCACGUCUACGUGAAGGAGAUCCACAAGGAGACGUCCAAGGUGUUAUGGGAGCAAGACUUCACACUGGUGUUCCAGACAAGUGACACAAACUUCCUUCGCCUCCAUCCUGGCUGUGGACCCCACACAGUGUUCCGGUGGCAGGUGAAGCUCAGGAACCUUAUUGAGCCGGACCAGUGCACAUACAACUUCACGAUGUCUCGCAUCGACGUCUGCCUGAAGAAACGCCAGAGCCAGCGCUGGGGGGGGCUGGAAGCUCCAGCCACACGAGGUGCAGUGGGUGGUGCAAAGGUUGCCAUGCCUACAGGCCCUACCCCUCUGGACAAGAACCCCCCGGGCAGUAACCAGCACCCCCUGUCCAGCAAGGAGGAGGCCCGAGCCAGUGACAAAGAGAAGCCGCGUGUGGAAGAUGGCGGUCUGGAUGGCGUGGCAGCCCGUACAGCCCCCGAGCAUGUGGCAGUGAAGCAAGAGCCGCACAUCCCCUCGCCCAAACCAACGUGCAUGGUGCCACCAAUGACACACAGCCCUGUGAGCACCGAGAGCGUGGAGGAUGAUGAGGAUGAGGAUGAGAAGAAGAAGGUCUGCCUGCCUGGCUUCACGGGGCUGGUGAACCUGGGCAACACCUGCUUCAUGAACAGCGUCAUCCAGUCCCUGUCUAACACCCGGGAGCUGCGCGACUACUUCCAUGAUCGGUCCUUUGAGUCUGAAAUCAACUACAACAACCCACUGGGGACGGGGGGACGCCUGGCCAUUGGCUUUGCCAUGCUGCUGCGAGCGCUGUGGAAGGGCACGCACCAUGCCUUCCAGCCCUCUAAACUGAAGGCAAUCGUGGCCAGCAAGGCCAGCCAGUUCACUGGCUAUGCCCAGCACGAUGCUCAGGAGUUCAUGGCCUUCCUGCUCGAUGGCCUGCACGAGGACCUCAACCGCAUCCAGAACAAGCCCUACACAGAGACUGUUGACUCGGAUGGGAGGCCUGAUGAGGUGGUAGCUGAGGAGGCCUGGCAGCGACACAAGAUGAGGAAUGACUCUUUCAUUGUGGACCUCUUCCAGGGCCAGUACAAAUCCAAGCUGGUGUGCCCAGUGUGUUCCAAGGUGUCCAUCACCUUUGACCCCUUCCUGUACCUCCCCGUGCCCCUCCCGCAGAAGCAGAAGGUGCUGACUGUCUACUACUUUGCAAAGGAACCGCACAAGAAACCCAUCAAGUUCCUUGUGAGUAUCAGCAAGGAGAACUCCAGUGCCAUGGAGGUACUCGACUCAGUGGCCCACAGCGUGCGCGUGAAACCAGAGAACUUGCGCCUGGCAGAGGUGAUCAAGAAUCGCUUCCACCGCAUGUUCCUGCCAUCCAACUCGCUGGACACAGUCUCCCCCACAGACCUGCUGCUCUGCUUCGAGGUGCUGUCCCCAGAGCUGGCCAAGGAGCGGGUGGUCGAGCUGCAGGUCCAGCAGCGUCCACAGGUGCCCAGUGGCCCCGUCGCCAAGUGUGCGGCCUGCCAGAAGAAGCAGCUGCCGGAGGAUGAGAAGCUCAGGCGCUGCACGAGGUGCUAUCGAGUCGGUUACUGCAACGUGGCAUGUCAGAAGACACACUGGCCAGACCACAAGGCUUUGUGCCGCCCCGAGAACAUCGGUUUCCCCUUCCUCAUCAGUGUGCCAGAGUCCCGCCUCACCUAUGCCCGCCUGGCCCAACUGCUGGAGGGCUACGCAAGGUACUCAGUCAGCGUGUUCCAGCCUCCGUUCCAGCUGGGCCGGAUGUCACCGGACCAGGGGCUGCAGCCUCUGCUCCCAGACAAGCUGGAUCCCCUGGCCAAAAGCAGCUGUGCAGCAGCCACCUCUGCCCCCGAGCUGGGGGACGUGGAUAGGGCUACCAGCCUCCUGCAGGAGCCCCCGCUCUCACCAGCUGUGCCUGAGCUGCACCUGGAGCUGGGGGACACUGGCACUGUCCGGAGCAAGGUCCUGGCAGCUAGGAGUUCCCUGUUGAGCUUGGAUUCGGGCUUCUCUGAGCACAUGGAGUCGCAGGGCGACAGCUGUUGUGAGAAGGAGCCAUCCUAUGAGAGAGCACUCAAGCCAGAAGCUGCCAUCCCUGGGUACCAGCACACUCCAGACUCACUGAGUGCCCGUGCCACGCAGUUUUACAUCAACAAGAUAGACGCUGCCAACCGAGAGCACAAGCUGGAAGAUAAAGGUGACACCCCCCUGGAGCUGACAGACGACUGCUCCCUUGCCCUGGUGUGGAAGAACAAUGAACGCCUCAAGGAAUUUGUGUUGGUGGAGUCCAAGGAGCUGGAGUGCGUGGAGGACCCGGGCUCGGCCAGCGAAGCAGCCCGGGCUGGCCACUUCACCCUGGAGCAGUGCCUCAAUCUCUUCACCAAGCCCGAAGUCCUGGCCCCAGAGGAAGCGUGGUACUGCCCCAAGUGCAAGCAGCACCGUGAGGCCUCCAAGCAGCUGAUGCUGUGGCGGCUACCCAACGUCCUCAUUAUCCAGCUCAAGCGCUUCUCCUUCCGCAGCUUUAUUUGGAGGGACAAGAUCAACGACAUGGUGGACUUCCCUGUCCGGAGCCUGGACCUGAGCAAGUUCUGCAUUGGCCGGAAGGGCGAGCAGCAGCUGCCAAUGUAUGACCUAUAUGCUGUGAUCAACCAUUACGGAGGCAUGAUUGGGGGGCACUACACGGCAUACGCCCGCCUGCCCAACGACAAGAACAGCCAGCGCAGCGACGUGGGCUGGCGGCUCUUUGACGACAGCACAGUCACCACCGUGGACGAGAGCCAGGUGGUAACCAGAUACGCGUAUGUCCUCUUCUACCGCCGGCGGAACUCUCCUGUGGAGAGACCCCUGCCAGGGCACCCCCCAGACCACCGAACCGAGCGCACCCCCUCUGCGGAAGCUGCUGCCAGCCAGGCUUCUCUGAUCUGGCAGGAACUGGAGGCUGAAGAACAAGAGCUGCAGCUCGAGGCACCCCAAAGGCCUGCAAGAAACUCCUGGAGGCCUCGUGGCCAGAAGCGGAGUCCGGGCACCCCCCAGCACCCAGACGAAGGCUGCAUCAGAUACUUUGUCCUGGCCACCACGGCCGCAAUUGUAGCUCUCUUCCUGAAUGUCUUCUACCCGCUCAUUUACCAGACCCGCUGGAGAUAGGCAUGGGCACGUGGCCAGCUGCGGGAGCAGGGCUGCCGGGCACGGACGCACUGUCCUAGGAUGCGACGAAGACGUCGGGCAGCAGGACAGAAACCGCCGGGAAGGACUCGCCGAGGGAAGUGUGGGGCUGUUGGCUCCUGCCUGUCUGCUCUGGCAUCUCCCGUGCCAGCUGGCAGGGCUGUGUGGCCAGCCUGCUGCCUUGCCAAGGCGCAGCCCAGAACCAGGAGCCCCUCUGCCCUCCCUCCCUCCCUCUUGCUGUCUACUGGGAGUGGGGCAGACCUCGUGGCUACCUGCUGCUCAGGAAGGGAUGUUGCCACUGCAGUGUGGCUGGGGCCCGGGAGCCCCCCAGGAACAUCGACCACCUUUGCUUGGCUCCCAAGAAAGGAGCGGAGGCCUGGCGGGAGGCUGCAGCAAGGGCAGGAUGCCCUGACACGGGUCCUUGUCCGGGUGCCUUUCCCAGCUGUGCUGCUGCGGGAGCCUUGUGCUCCCCAGGGCUGGCGUGACCCAUGGCUCCUGGGCCAGCCCGGUCCCUCCUGCCACCCACCCCCUGAGCCUCCUGGUGCCAGCUGCCCCUGCACUGGGAGUUGUGCGCACCAUGCCCCCAUGCUGGGGCUGAACGGGCUUGUCACCGGAGGCUCAGCCCCGCCGCAGCUCCUCUCCCCCGGGCAGCUGCUGGGGAGCCUGGCAAUCUGGGCUGGGGUGCCCGUGAUGAGCACCCACCUCUGGGCUGCUGGCUCCCACCAGCCCCCAGUGCUUUGGGGCAUGUGGGCUGUCCCUGCUUGGCCACAGCAGGCUGUGUCCGGGGGGGCCGGCUUUCUGCCGGGGGAGUGCGGCGCAAUGCCUCGUUUGUGAGGAGACCGGCUGCCCAUGCUGCGGGAGAGGUGUGGGCUUGGGGAGUGCAGGUAGGACCUCAGUGUGUUAAUAAAGCCAGGUUUUCCAAA